CAUAAACCCCGCCCCCGGAUGGAUGACAUCAUCGCUUGGUCAACAUGGCUGACGGCAUCCCGUUAGAUCCGAUACGGAAAAGCUUGCGGAGAAACCACUACUACUACCACUCUGUCCGACAUUCGAGAUUGUCCGUGGACGAUGAGCCGUCCAGCCUGGAUGAGAUGCCCCUGAUGAUGUCCGACGAGGCCUUCGAGAACGACGAAAACGACUACCAAACACUGCCGCGGGCCCGGGUUAACCACAGACGGCGAGGACUUGGCUGGUUCCUCCUCGGUGGCUGGAAAGUUCUCUGGUCAAGCUGCUGCGAUUGCCUGGUCCGAAUGUGCCGGCGGAAGAAGGAACUGAAAGCCCGCACUGUGUGGCUCGGCCAUCCGGAGAAGUGCGAGGAGAAGUUCCCCAAAAACUCCAUCCACAACCAGAAGUACAACAUCUUCACCUUUGUGCCAGGGGUUCUCUACCAGCAGUUCAAGUUUUUCCUCAAUCUCUACUUCCUGGUGGUGGCCUGCUCGCAGUUUGUGCCCUCGCUGAAGAUCGGAUACCUGUACACGUACUGGGCGCCCCUGGGCUUCGUGCUGGCGGUCACCAUGGUGCGCGAGGCGGUGGACGAGGUGCGGCGCCAUCGGCGGGACAAGGAGAUGAACUCGCAGCUGUACACCAAGCUGACGCUGCGCGGUAAAAUCCAGGUGAAGAGCUCAGACAUCCAAGUAGGCGACCUGAUUAUUGUGGAGAAGAACCAAAGGAUUCCCGCAGACAUGAUCUUCAUGAGGACGUCUGAAAAGAACGGGGCGUGUUUCAUCAGGACGGACCAGCUGGACGGCGAGACAGACUGGAAGUUGAAAGUGGCGGUGGGAUGCACGCAGCGGCUUCCGGCAGUGGGGGACCUCUUCUCCAUCAACGCCUUCGUCUACGCCCAGAAGCCUCAGCUGGACAUCCACAGUUUUGAGGGCAACUUCACACGGGAGGACGCCGACCCCCAGGUCCACGAGAGCCUGAGCAUCGAAAAUACGCUGUGGGCCAGCACGGUCGUAGCGUCGGGCACCGUGAUCGGGGUGGUGAUCUACACCGGCAAGGAGACCCGCAGCGUGCUCAACACGUCCCACGCCAAAAACAAGGUGGGCCUUCUGGACCUGGAACUGAACCGUCUCACCAAGGCCCUGUUCUUUGCCCAAUUGGUUCUGUCCAUCGUCAUGGAAGCCGUGCACAGCUUUGUAGGUCUGUGGCUCCGCAACCUCUUCCGCUUUGUGGUGCUCUUCUCCUACAUCAUCCCCAUCAGCCUGCGAGUGAACCUGGACAUGGGCAAGGCGGCUUACGGCUGGAUGAUCAUGAAGGACGAGAACAUCCCCGGCACGGUGGUGAGGACUAGCACCAUCCCGGAAGAACUGGGCCGGCUGGUCUACCUCCUGACGGACAAAACAGGCACUCUGACCCAAAACGAGAUGAUCUUCAAGAGGCUGCACCUGGGGACCGUGUCCUACGGUACCGACACCAUGGAUGAGAUCCAGAGCCAUAUUAUCCAGUCCUAUGCUCAGGUUAGCUUAUCCAGAGCGCAAAAAAAAAAAUAUUGUGAGUGUUAUGUUCAAAGAAUGUCUGUCAUUUCCUGUCAGGGCUCCUCCAGCGGCGGCUCGGCCACUGCGUCCCAGAAAUCCCAGACGCCUGGCCCCAAAGUCCGCAAGAGCGUCAGCAGCCGCAUCCACGAGGCGGUGAAGGCCAUCGCCCUGUGCCACAACGUCACGCCUGUCUACGAGGCGUGCAGCGAGACCGAAGCGGCAGAGGCCGAGCAGGACUUCAGUGACGACAACCGCACGUAUCAGGCUUCCAGUCCCGAUGAGGUGGCGCUAGUGCAGUGGACGGAGAGCGUGGGCCUCACCCUUGUCAACCGAGACCUGGGAUCCCUGCAGCUCAAGACGCCCGCUGGGCAGAUACUGUCCUUCAACAUCCUGCAGAUCUUCCCCUUUACCUCCGAGAGCAAGCGCAUGGGCAUCAUUGUCAGGGAGGAGUCGACAGGUGACAUCACGUUCUACAUGAAGGGCGCCGACGUGGCCAUGGCGAGCAUCGUCCAGUACAACGACUGGUUGGAGGAAGAGUGCGGCAACAUGGCCAGAGAAGGUCUGAGAACGUUGGUGGUGGCUAAGAAGUCGCUGUCCGAGGAGCAGUACCAGGACUUUGAGAGCCGCUACAACCAGGCCAAACUGAGCAUCCACGACAGGACCCUGAAAGUGGCGGCGGUGGUGGAGAGCUUGGAGAGGGAGCUGGAGCUCCUCUGCCUGACCGGCGUGGAGGACCAGCUGCAGACCGACGUUAGGCCCACGCUGGAGCUGCUCAGGAACGCCGGCAUCAAGAUCUGGAUGUUGACUGGGGACAAGCUUGAAACGGCCACAUGCAUCGCCAAAAGCUCUCAUUUGGUCUCCAGAAACCAGGACAUCCAUGUUUUCCGACCGGUGACCAACCGAGGGGAGGCCCACCUGGAGUUGAACGCCUUCCGCAGGAAGCACGACUGCGCACUGGUCAUCUCGGGCGACUCCCUGGAGGUGUGCCUGCGCUACUACGAGCACGAGUUUGUGGAGCUGGCGUGCCAGUGCCCCGCCGUGGUGUGCUGCCGCUGCUCGCCCACGCAGAAGGCCCAGAUCGUCAUGCUGCUCCAGCAGCACACCGCCAACAGAACCUGCGCCAUCGGUGACGGCGGUAAUGACGUAAGCAUGAUCCAAGCUGCCGACUGCGGGAUUGGAAUCGAAGGAAAGGAAGGCAAGCAGGCGUCGCUGGCGGCCGAUUUCUCAAUCACGCAGUUCAAGCACAUCGGCCGCCUCCUCAUGGUGCACGGCAGGAACAGCUACAAGCGCUCAGCGGCCCUGGGCCAGUUCGUCAUGCACCGUGGGAUGAUCAUCUCCGCCAUGCAGGCGGUCUUCUCGUCCAUAUUCUACUUUGCUUCUGUUCCCUUGUACCAAGGAUUCCUCAUGGUUGGUUAUGCCACCAUCUACACCAUGUUCCCGGUCUUCUCGCUGGUCCUGGAUGAGGACGUGAAGCCGGAGAUGGCGCUGCUCUACCCGGAGCUCUACAAGGACUUGACCAAGGGCCGCUCGCUUUCCUUCAAGACCUUCCUGAUCUGGGUUUUGGUCAGCGUGUAUCAAGGGGGCAUCCUGAUGUACGGGGCGCUGGUGCUGUUCGAGUCGGAGUUUGUGCACGUGGUGGCCAUCUCGUUCACGUCGCUCAUCCUGACUGAGCUGCUGAUGGUGGCGCUGACGGUGCGCACGUGGCACUGGCUCAUGGUGCUGGCCGAGUUCCUCAGCCUGGGCUGCUACCUGGCCUCGCUCGCUUUCCUCAACGAGUACUUUGGCAUAGGCAGGGUGUCCUUUGGAGCUUUUCUUGACUUGAACUUCAUCACCACGUGGCCUUUCUUGUGGAAGGUGUCGUCCAUCACGCUGGUCAGCUGCCUGCCGCUCUACAUCAUCAAGUACCUCAAGCGAAAAUUCUCCCCGUCGAGCUACUCUAAACUGGCCUCCUGAGACUCACAAGAACGACAGCUCAUCAUUUUCAUGCACUUUUAUUUUUCUUCUUUUGAACCGACGCAAUUCCUCGCCGCUGGAUGUGGAGGUCAGUGAUCCACUGGAGCAAUCAGACACUUUUUCCUUUUUUUGAUUGACAUCUCAGACUUUUUGGGAUUACUUGAACAAAGCGAGCACAAAAAGUUAAAAAAGGAACUCGUCACACACCAAAAUGGCCACCAGAGGGAGUACGCACUUUGAUCCAAAGCUCCUCAAGUGUCAUUUUUUAAAUGCUUUUUAUAUACAUCUUUAAGUGUUUUUACUCAAAAGUGCAAUCAGGGUUGUCCGGAAUGAGUUUUAUCAUUCACGGCAUCUCCGUUUGCAUCUCUGAUCGCACAUAUCGUUUUUCAGGUGUUCAGGCGGGAAAAAAAGUCGAACGGAAUGUGGUUGGCGUUCUUUUUUUUUUUUAAAACUUUCCCUAAAGUGCAUUCCUGUGUCGUGUUGAAAUGUUGCGCAUGUUGUGCUUUUACGUCCCACAUUGCAAGUUGAAACCGUGUCGCUGCUAAUUAAGCUGUUCUUUUUCCAUUCAAGAUCCAAUAAAAUUGAAAGAUUUAAUAUAUUGCUGGUUUUUGAA